AGUCAUGGGGAUGGGUGUAGCCAUGGGAUGGCUGUUAUGGUUUUCGGGGGUUUUCCUGUCUCCUAGACCCUGUGACAGGGACUUAUAAAUAGGACAAAAGCUCCUGAAAUGGAAUCCGGUGUCUCAGGAUUCAGUGGGGUCUAUAGGGACACCAAGAUGUGUGAUCUGGGGACAUGAGGACAUGGAGAUGAAUGAGGCCAUGGAGUUCAGUGGGGUUUGUCCCUGUGGGUAUAGCAGGACCAGUGGGGUCUGAGGACAUGGAGCCCAUUGGGGUCCAUGCCCAUAGGGAUGAGGGGCUCAUUGGAGCCCAUUCCUAUGGAGACAUGAGCGGUGCAUGUGCCCCCUGGAACAGGGCUGCUGGGUGGGGGCAUUGCUUCCUGACCCCCAUCACGCCCCAGGACUGAGCCAGUCUGAGCCGCAGCCCCAUGACCUCAUCUCCACUGUGUGCCACUGAAAGGGGGGGCUGGUCCCAUGGGUGGGGAACCCGAGCCCCUUGGGAAGUCCUGAUUCCAUCAGACUAGGGGUCUGACUGUGGGGUGGGGGUUCUGGUCCCACAGAGUGGAUCUGGGCUCCAUGAAGGGGAUGGAGCUGCAAAGGGAUGGGGAUCUCAGCCUCAUGGGACUGCGUGUGGGGGAGGCUAAUACUUUGGGGGUCUCCAUCCCCCCGGUGGGGAUCCACACCACGGCCCCCUGCGCUCUCUGCAGCAUCAAGAGAGAAUAAAGCGGAGGUGUGAUUUCUGGGGGUGGGCGCAUCCACUGUGCACCCUUUGAUUUGGGGGGCCCAAGGAGGGGAUGGGAGAGUCGGGGCAACACCUCCAGCACCCCCCCCCAUCCCCUCCCCACGCAGUGUGACCAGGACAAAGCCAUGGGCAUGAGUGGGACAUUCCCAUGCCUAUCUCUGCUGUUAUCUCUCCUGAACCUGGAGUUUGAUCGCAGAAAGGCCAUAAAGAGCACAGCUCCCGGCGGGGAGGGGGUGGGGGGUGUUGUGCCCCUCCCCAUUGGCACCGCUGCUGCUGAACCCUGCAACCCCACUCCAGCCUUGACCUGCGGGGGGGUGGAGGAGCCGGGGGGGGGCGAGGCCGGGACGGGGCUGGGAACGGGGCAGAGCGGUACCCACAGGAGGCUGCGUCCUCAGGUGCCCGGCACGAUGCAUCUGCUCCGCCUCGCCUGGGCGCUGCCCACGCUGUGCCUGCUGGUGGCCCACGCCGACCCCACGGCCGCGCCGCCGAACGGAGCCUCCAUCUUUGCCGACCUGACGCCGGCAGAGCUGCGCGCGGUGCGGGAUUUCCUGCGGGGCCGCCCGGAGUUGGGGCUGUCGGCGCGAAGCGGGGACACGCUGGCACAGAACACGCUAUUCCUGGUGGAGCUGCUGCCCCCCACCAAGCGGGCGGCCCUCCGGCACCUGGAUGGCGGCGGCCCCGCGCCCCGGCGCCAGGCACGCGCCGUCAUCUUCUUCGGGGCGCAGGCGGAGCCCAACGUCACCGAGUUCGCCGUCGGGCCCCUUCCGCGGCCCCGCUCCUACCGCCCGCUGCGCUUCAAGGGCGGCCGCGCCGUGCCCUUCGCCUCGCGGCCCAUGACCAUGCAGGAGUACGACCUGCUGCACCACGCGCUGGCGGCGGCCACCGAGCCGCUGUACCGCCUGCUGCGAGACACCACCGGCUUCUGGUACCACAACUGCACCCAGCGCUGCCUCACCUUCUCCGACAUCGCACCCCGCGGGCUGGCGCCCGGCGAGCGCCGCACGUGGCUCAUCCUGCAGCGCUUCGUCGAGGGCUUUUUCCUGCACCCCGUGGGGCUGGAGCUGCUGCUGGACCACCGCGACCCCGACCCGCGGCGCUGGGCGGUGCAGAGCGUCUGGUACAACGGGCAGUACUUCUCCAGCCCGCAGGAGCUGGCCGAGCGCUACGAGCGCGGCACGCUGGCGGUGGCACAGCUGCCCGACCCCGCGGCCCCGCACCUCUUCUCCACAUACAUCCCGCGCGGCCGCUUCACCACCGGCACCGCCACCGACGUGCACGGGGCCAAAGUGUGCGAGCCGCAGGGCCGGCGCUACCGCCUGCGUGGCAACCAGCUGCAGUACAGUGGCUGGAGCCUGGCCUUCCGCCUGCGCUCCUCCGCCGGCCUGCAGCUCUUCGACGUGCGCUUCAACGGCGAGCGCGUGGCCUACGAGCUGAGCGUGCAGGAGGCCAUCGCCUUCUACGGCGGAGACACGCCGGCCGCCAUGCAGACCAAGUACCUGGACGCCGGCUGGGGCAUGGGCUCCGUCACCUACGAGCUGGCGCCCGGCAUCGACUGCCCCGAGGUGUCCACCUUCCUGGACGUGCACCACCUGUAUGACAGUGAGGGGCCGCAGCGCUUCCGCCGUGCGCUCUGCGUCUUCGAGCUGCCCACCGGCGUCCCGCUGCGGCGGCACUUCGACAGCGACUUCCGCGGGGGGUUCCAUUUCUACGCAGGGCUGGAGGGGCAUGCACUCGUGCUGCGCACCACCUCCACCGUCUACAACUACGACUACAUCUGGGACGUGCUGCUGUACCCCAACGGCGUGCUGGAGGCCAAGGUGCACGCCACCGGCUACAUCCACGCCACCUUCUACACGCCGCGGGGCCGCCGCUACGGCAGCCGCGUGCACAGCCACGUGCUGGGCAACGUGCACACGCACCUGGUGCACUACAAGGUGGAUCUGGAUGUCGCAGGCACCGGCAACAGCUUUGAGACGAUGGACAUCAGCUUCGAGAACGUCUCCAACCCGUGGAGCCCCGGCGCGCGCGUGGUGCAGCCCUGGUUGCGCCGGCAGCCGCGCCGCACGGAGCGCCAGGCCGCCCUCCCUCUGGGCGCUCCGCUGCCCCGCUAUCUGCUCUUCUCCAACCCGCGCCAGCGCAACCGCUGGGGCCACGCGCGCGCAUACCGCAUCCAGCACCGCUCACACGCCGGGCGCGUGCUGCCCCGCGGAUGGAAGGAGGAAAAGGGCGUCGCGUGGGGCAGGUACCACCUGGCCGUGACGCGGCACCGCGAGAGCGAGGCGUCCAGCAGCAGCCUCUACAACCAGAACAACCCCUGGGAGCCCACUGUCGGCUUCGAGAGCUUCAUCCGCAAUGAUGAGAGCAUCGAGAACCAGGACCUGGUGGCCUGGGUGACGGUGGGCUUCCUGCACGUCCCGCACGCCGAGGACAUCCCCAACACGGCCACCCCCGGCAACAGCGUCGGCUUCUUCCUGCGCCCCUUCAACUUCUUCGAUGAGGACCCAUCGGUGGCGUCGCGCAGCACUGUCAUCGUGCGCCCGCAGGACCCCGACUUCACGCGCCUGGAGGUGCAGCGUUGGACCCCCGACGAUGCCAGGCUCUGCAUGACACCAGAGCCCUUCUCCUACAAUGGCACCUACUGGCCCGUGUGAGCACCACAGGGGGGCUCACAUAGUGCCCCCCGUGUCAUCCUCUGAUCUGUGGGGCCGCGUGCACAGGGCUCCCAGUGCUGCAAUAUUUCAUGGUGCCCACAUCA